AUGGAAGCACAAGUUGGAAUCUAUCAGAUCUUCGGAGAAAUCGGCCGAGGAUCUUCGGGUUCAGUACAUACAGCUAAGAAUACACAGAAUAAUCAAGAACUUUGUGUUAAAAUCAUCGAAAAGUCAAGCAUGAACACCAAAGAAGACAUUGAAUUUUUUCGACGUGAAGUUUCCAUCUUAUCUGCACUACAACAUAAAAACAUUGCUGAAUAUCAUGAUCUUUUAGAAGACUCUAACAAUUACUACUUAUUCCAAGAACUUUGUCAAGGCGAAAACCUCACAAAAUACCUAGAAAACAACCGUCCUAUUUCUGAAAGACAGAUUGAAAUCAUAUUUCAUCAGUUCUGCUCAGCCUUAUCUUACAUCCACAAAGCAGGUGUUGGCCAUCGUGAUUUGAAACCAGAUAACAUCAUCAUUGGUGCCAAUAAUAUUGUUAAAAUCAUCGAUUUUGGUCUUUCUACCGAUGACAACCAGCAUCUACGUACAACAUUCUGUGGCUCACUUGCCUAUGCAGCACCUGAAUGUAUUCGAAGAGAACCAUAUAUUGCAUGGCGAUCCGAUAUGUGGUCGCUUGGAGUUAUUUUAUUCCAAAUGAAUACUGGAAGACUUCCAUGGAAAACAUCCAAUAUCGUACAAUUGAUGAAACAAAUUACAUCCGGAAACUUUGAGAUUCCGCCUUCGAUUCCAGCGCCAAUUAAAAAUAUUAUCGUACAAUGUCUCAAUCAAGAUCCAACUUUACGGCCAUCUGCUGACGAUUUAAUUGGUGUACGAUUUACUCGUCCAGAAGAGCCGAAACUCCCUAGGCGCUCUAUGUCUCCUCGAGCAACUGUAAAAAGAACAUCUUCAAAUCCAUUCUUUACCGGCGCACCACAGUACGUUCAGCCGCCAAUAUCCCCACGAAUGAAUCCUUCCCCUCAAAGAAGAUUUUCACAGACUUGGAUCAAACCACUUACAAAUCUCAAAGAUGCUUCCGAUUAA